AACGCGUACGCCACCCCGGCAGAUCGGUGUCAGCAGAGCCACGCAAUGAGGGUAGUGACAGAUAGUACCUGCAGCCACCGCGCGGCCAGCAAACUCGUGUACAAAAUCCCGGAACCUCCGGCUUUCUCCCUUGCUUCAUCCACUCCACGGCCAAGCCUUGUCGUGAAUACUAAGCUCGGGCUAUAAAGCUUCGUCCCUCGUUUGACAGCUUGCCAUCACUCUUUUUUGCGGCAACAUGAAGUUUACCAGCACUUUCGCAGGCCUCGGUGCUGUCGCGGCAACACUGCUGGGCAGCGUUUCGGCCGCGAGCUACGACGACAUUCCUGACAUCGAGGUCUACGGACAGCACUUCUUCUACACGAACAACGGAUCGCAAUUCUACCUCAAGGGUGUUGCGUACCAACAAAACUACUCGCCUAAUGGCUCCACCAGCUCUAAUACCAGCUACACUGACCCACUGGCGGAUGGCGAUGCUUGCAAGCGUGACAUCCCUUACUUGAAGCAGAUCUUCACCAACAUCAUCCGCGUGUACGCCAUUGACCCGACCAAGAACCACGAUGACUGCAUGGCGCAGUUGGCUUCGGCAGACAUCUACGUUAUUGCUGACCUGGGUGAGCCCGGCACAUCGAUUAUCUCAGAUGAUCCUGAGUGGGACGUGGCCCUGUACAACCGCUACACCGGCGUCGUCGAUGCACUCCAGAAGUACAAGAACGUGCUUGGCUUCUUCGCCGGCAACGAAAACGUCAGCUCUGCCAACCAGACGGCAGCUGCAGCAUUCGUCAAGGCAGCUGUCCGCGACGUCAAGGGAUACAUUUCCUCGCAGAAAUACCGCAGCACGCUCGGUGUAGGCUAUGCAACAGCCGAUGUGCCCACUCGUGAUGAGCUGGCGCACUACUUCGCAUGCGAGUCGGGCAAUUCGGGCAAUGCUACGUCGAUCGACUUCUGGGGCUACAACGUGUACUCGUGGUGUGGUGACAGCAGCUACUCAGCUUCCUCGUACGGCGAGCGCGUCGACUUCUUCUCCGACUACCCCGUCCCCGUCUUCUUCGCUGAGUACGGUUGCAUCGAGGGCGUCGACGGCGGCGCGACACACCGUCCCUUCACAGAGGUGCAGGUCCUGUUCGGCAACAUGACCAGCGUCUUCUCCGGCGGUAUUGUCUACGAAUGGUUCAUGGGCACCAACGACUACGGCCUCGUCGAGCUGACGUCCAACGACGCCUCCGUCUCGCCUUACCCCGACUUCACCUCGCUGCAGUCCCAGCUGGCGUCGGUCAGCCCCACAAUCACCCAGCGCAGCGCCUACACGCCCUCUCACUCGGCGCCCGCGUGCCCGUCCGUCGGCUCAAGCUGGGAAGCCGAGGCCUCGCCGCUGCCUCCUUCUCCGAACAGCGAGCUCUGCUCCUGCAUGGUCGCCGGUCUGCAAUGCAACAUCAAGAGCACCAACGAGGACGACUACGCCGACGUGUUCAACUACAUCUGCGGCGCCAACGAGGACUUCUGCACCGGCAUCACCCGCAACGCAACGACGGGCAGCUACGGCGGGUACUCUGGCUGCAACCCCAAGGACCAGCUGGCCUGGGUCGCCAACCAGUACUACCUGGGCAACGGCAAGAGCAGCUCUGCGUGCGGCUUCAGCGGCAUGGCGACGGUGCAGACGGCCGCAACGGCGAGCACGUGCUCCAGCUUGCUUGCGGCUGUAGGCACUGCGGGCACAGGGACAGCGGCCAGCCCGACUGGAAAGGCGACUGCUGGGUCGACCGGAGCGUCGGGCAGUUCGUCCAAGGGCGCGGCUGCGGGCCUCAACGGACCCAAGGCCGUCGAGCAUGGCGGUCUCGUUAUGGGCAUCUGGUCUGUCGUUGCAGCGGGUAGUCUGCUGGGUAUGCUUGUGUUGUGAGCUAUAUGACGAAAACGAAGGCAGAGGGAAAUGUACAUGUAGAUGCAAUCUUUAGAGUUGGUUCAAUCAGCAUGAUUCAGAGUUCAAUCAGCAUGCUUCAGAGUUCAAUCAGCAUAAUUUCGAGUUCAAUCAGCAUAGUUUCGAGUUCAAUCAGCAUAGUUUCGAGUUCAAUCAGCAUAAUUUCGAGUUCAAUCAGCA